AGCAAGUUCGCUCGAGUUAUCGAAAAAAAUUCUCAUUUCUAAAAGUUUUACUCAAUUCAUUCGUGAAAGAUUAUCACCAAAAACCAAACAAACAAUGACCAGUCAUCGUGAUUAUCAAGCUGGUGAAAUAAUAUCCAUCAGUUUGCCAUUUGUACAUGUUCUCGAAGAAUAUUUUAAAGGAAAAAAUUGUGAUUACUGUUUCGUUGAAUGUGAACAAAUGAUAAAAUGUAGCGAAUGUGAAAAAAUGUAUUAUUGUGGAAAUGAUUGUCAACAAAAAGAUUCAAUUCAACAUCAAUUGGAAUGUAAAAUUUUCUUUCUAUUGGAUUGUUUUGAAAUAGAAUUUGAUUUUGAAAAGAUGAGUAAUUUGGUUGACAUAUGCCAAGAAGAAAAAAUAGAAAUUUUCGAUUAUAGAUUAAAUAAAUUAGGCUCUGGUAUUUAUAUUGCCGAAUCACAAUUAAAACAUUCUUGUUCACCGAACGCUAAAAUAAUGUUCAAUGGUAUUCAACUUGUAAUGCGAGCAACUAGAACAAUUGAAAUUGAUGAAGAAAUUACCAUCAAUAAUAUUAUGCAAAUUUAUGUAAACAUUCAUAAUGAUGUUGAAGAAUUAUCAGUUGCAGAACUGGCAAAACAACUUGAAAUCGAACUUCCGACUGUUUACAAUGAAAUAUUCGAAAAUAUCUAUUUUAAUCGAGAGGAAGAAGCAACUGUUACCUAUUUGAAAGCAUUGGCAAAUGUUGAAUUUAAUUUCUGUUAA